UCUAUUUUUUGAAACUGUUCUAUUAAUAGAUAGAUGUUCACCUUUGAGACAAAGGUAUAAUUCCAUAGCAUAAUCUGUCUCUAAUGCGAGAAAGUUACAUAGUGUCUACUUUUUCUGAUAAAGGGGUAUUUUCAUGGGUUUGCCUUGGUAUCGUGUCCAUACCAUCGUGUUGAAUGAUCCUGGCUGGUUAAUCGCUGUGCAUAUAAUGCAUACAGCUCUAGUUUCUAGAUGGGCCGGUUCGAUGGCUCUUUAUGAAUUAGCAGUUUUCGAUCCAUCCGAUCCUAUUCUUGAUCCAAUGUGGAGACAAGGUAUGUUCGUUAUACCUUUUAUGACUCGUUUAGGAAUAAAGGAUUCAUGGGGUGGAUGGAGUAUAACCGGAGAAACCAGAUCUAAUCCAGGUAUUUGGAGUUAUGAAGGUGUGGCCGGGGUACAUAUUGUGUUUUCUGGCUUGUGCUUUUUAGCAGCUAUCUGGCAUUGGGUAUAUUGGGAUCUAGACGUAUUCUGUGAUUCCCGUACAGGAAAACCUUCUUUAGAUUUGCCUAAGAUUUUUGGAAUUCAUUUAUUCCUCUCAGGAGCAGCUUGUUUCGGAUUCAGAGCGUUUCAUGUAAUGGGUUUGUAUGGCCCUGGAAUAUGGGUGUCUGAUCCUUAUGGACUAACUGGAAAAAUACAGCCUGUAAAUCCGGCAUGGGGAGCUGAAGGUUUUGAUCCUUUUGUUCCGGGAGGAAUAGCUUCUCAUCAUAUUGCAGCAGGUAUAUUGGGUAUAUUAGCAGGUCUAUUCCAUCUCAGUGUUCGUCCUCCCCAACGUUUAUACAAAGGAUUACGUAUGGGGAAUAUUGAAACUGUCCUCUCCAGUAGUAUUGCUGUUGUGUUUUUUGCAGCUUUCAUUGUGGCCGGAACAAUGUGGUAUGGUUCCGCAACCACUCCGAUUGAAUUGUUUGGUCCUACUCGUUACCAGUGGGAUCAGGGAUACUUCCAACAAGAAAUAGAUCGACGAGUUCAUGCCGGUCUGGCUGAAAAUCUGAGUCUAUCAGAAGCUUGGUCAAAAAUUCUCGAAAAACUUGCUUUUUAUGAUUACAUUGGGAAUAAUCCAGCUAAAGGGGGGUUAUUCAGGGUGGGUGCAAUGGACAAUGGAGAUGGAAUUGCUGUUGGUUGGUUAGGACACCCUAUUUUCAAAGAUAAAAAUGGACAUGAGCUUUUUGUACGUCGUAUGCCUACCUUUUUCGAAACAUUUCCAGUCGUUCUAGUAGAUGAAGAAGGAAUUGUGAAAGCCGAUGUUCCUUUUAGGAGAGCAGAAUCAAAAUAUAGUGUUGAACAAGUAGGUGUAACUGUUGAGUUCUAUGGUGGUGAACUUGAUGGAGUUAGUUUUGGUGAUCCUGCUAUAGUCAAAAAAUAUGCUAGACGCGCACAAUUAGGUGAAAUUUUUGAGUUAGAUCGUGCUACUUUGAAAUCGGAUGGUGUUUUUCGGAGUAGCCCAAGGGGUUGGUUUACUUUUGGGCAUGCUACAUUUUCUCUUCUUUUCUUUUUUGGACAUAUUUGGCAUGGUGCUAGAACUCUAUUCAGAGAUGUUUUUGCCGGUAUUGAUCCGGAUUUGGAUGCUCAAGUAGAAUUUGGGGCAUUCCAAAAACUGGGAGAUCCAACUACUAAAAGACAAGUGGUAUAAUAUGGUAUUGCUCCGUUCGUUAAUGCAAUAGUGAGA